GCCGCCGGAGCCGGAGCCAAGAUUUUUGCGUUGUCGAAUUCACUCGAGCCGUCAGAUCAUCAGACUUCUACCUCCUGGUCCGACGACCACAUUGUAUGCAGCAAGCUGCACCAUCCUGCUCGAAAUGGCGGACUCGCAAGUCGUUUGCGGCAUACUUGAUGAGAUGACUAGUAGUAUGACAUCAGUGCGAGAGUCGAUGCAAUCCCUCAAACAAAAAUUAACAACUGCAAAUGAGAUGGAUAUGAAGGACGGAAUCUCAUUGCUUUCACUCAAACACCAUCUGCUUCUGUCGUACUUGCAGUCGCUUGUCCUCCUCUCUGCACGCCGAGCAACUGGAGACUCUACAGUCGAUCGAGAGGCACGGGGCUCUGGCGCUGGCGAUCUGGUUGACUCUAUGAUAGAGGGUCGCGUUGUACUUGAAAAAAUAAAAGUCCUGGAAAGCAGGAUGCGAUACCAGAUCGAAAAGCUAGUCAGAGUUGCUGAAGAAGUACCUUCUGGCAAAGAUGUGGUCGAAGAUCCUCUCGCCUUCCGUCCAAAUCCCCAAAAUCUCGUCGACGAUGAGCAGCACUCCGACGAGGACCAAGACGCCCGUUCAGAUGUUGAAGACCCCGAUGGAAUAUACCGCCCUCCCAAGCUCGCACCCAUGCCCUACACGGAAGCCGCAGCCGACAAGCGUUCUAAACGACAGCCCGUUCCCAAGGCACUUUCUACCCUUCUCCACCAAGACCCCUCGCGCCCGCACGUCGAGGGUACGUCCGGCCUUGGCUCGAUGCCCUCCCUCGCAUCCGACCGCGCCCGCGAGAUCCAACGUAUAAAAGACUUCGAGGAGGAGAACUUCACCCGACUAGUCAUGAAGAAGAAAGAUGCGCGUAGGCGACGAAAAGAUGAAGAGGAUUUGGCACUCGGAGGUACGGGAGCUGGAAAGGGUAGGAAAAGAGGCCGGGGCCUGGAGGAUGAGUUUGCGGAUGUGCUACACUCAGUCGGACGCACGAAGACGGGGGUGCUCGGCGAUGGAUAUGAAGAGCUGAGGCAAAGGGGUAAGAAAGCUGAUGCACUGUCGAGAUCGCGAACGACAUGGAAGGGGGAUCUUGAGGGCGCAAACGAUGACGGACCGCGACUGAAGAAAAAGACAAGGUUUGAAAAGGCAAAGACGACUCUACACAAGAAAAUGAAGGCGAGAAAGAGAUAGUUUUGUCCUUUGAAGUUUCUGUCAUGUUUUUCUGUACCAAUGCAACGACCUGGUCAUUUCGAAUCCUCUCAAUCAUUCCCCCCACCAUCAAAAAAGUAUAUGUCACUGCGAGCCAAGGCAUAAAUUCAUCGAUAGUGGCUCCUAAACAAACUAGUCGACCAUAGU